AUGUCGAUCGAAGGACGCCAUGGACUCCGCGCACGAGGUGGGCCGCCAACUACCACUCUAGAGGCCUUUUUAUAUCGAUACGACACAUUCACACGACUGGCCAAGAGAGCAGCCGAUCCAUAUCACAAGACACAUAUGAGAGGCCCCAAGGCCAGUCACUCGCGACGGGUAAGCUUCAGUCCUAACGUUAGAUACGAAGAAUACCAUCAAGACAGUCCAUCAAGUACCUCCGAUGUAGCCACCAGUGCCAAACCACCAUGCGACACCGACCAUGAGGUUGAUUCAUCGCCCAAGCCUUUAGUUCUGCUCUCAUUAUACGACGUGCCAGAAGCUCCCAAGUCCAUUCCCGAGCAGCAACUCAUUCGAUGCGUCGACGAGGUCAUGGCGCAAGGAGCUUUUGGUAUCGAUGAGUUGGACGCCCAGGUUCUUUACAUCCAACGCGGUAUCCCAUAUGGCGACCGCGCAUACCAGUGCGCUUGGGUGAAGGAGGCGCAAGAAUCGCUCACCCAAGCUUAUGCCGCGGUAGACGAUGCUUGCCAGAAUGUAAACCCUGGUAGUCGUUGUUUGAAGCGGGAUCCUGUUAUGAAGUCUGUCGUGGCUAUCGCACGGGCGCAAAGACUUCUUGAGCUUGCGUUGCUGCGUGUGAAUGACCCGGCGUAUAGUAAGGCGUAUCUUACUGCGUAUGGACGGGGCUGA